AUGCUCUGCCAACCCACACUGUCUGAAAGCAGGCAGCACCGAAUUAUAUCAAAUAUUUUAUUUUCACUGAGUAAUAGUAGUUUUUCUGUUCUGUGUGCAGGUGUUGCCAGUCAGGCAUCGAGGCAGUUUAGUUUUAAAACUGGAGCAUCUGUCACCAUCCCGUGUCGUUAUGAUAGGACAUAUAUACAACAUAAGAAAUACUGGUGCUUUCACGCUUCUGAAGCAUACAAUUACUGCAAAAUUCAGGCGUAUGCCAAUGAGACACAGGGGAAAGUGACAGUGACUGAUAACCCAGCUGAGAGUCUCUUUACUGUGACUAUGAAUAAUCUCCAGACAGAAAACACUGGAACGUACUGGUGUGCUGUAGAGAUAGGUGGAAUAAUGGAGGUGGAUGAUUACGAAGCCCUUCAUAUCACAGUGAAAUCAGAUCCUGAUCUGUCUGUGAUGGAGAGCAGAGUGAGUGGUGUGGAAGGAGGCAGCGUCACAGUCCAGUGUAACUACUGCACUGAGUAUCGGAAUAAACAGAAGCAGUGGUGCAGAUUUAUAGACAGCCGCUGCAACAAUAUGGGGAGGACUGCCACAUCCCAGAAUUCAGCAGUGAACCUCAGUGAUGAUGGGAGAGGAUCCUUCAGUGUGCAGAUGAGUGGACUGAAGAAGAGUGAUGCUGGCUGGUACUGGUGCAGUGCAGGAGAUCUGCAGGUUCCUGUUCACAUCAGUGUCGGUGAUCCACCUCCAGGUAUUAUCACAUGCACUGACCUCUACUUUAACAAAUGA